GGUGAUCCACCUGCUGGGGUCUCCACAGGGUCUGUACUCUAAGAUCAAUCAGGCAGUGACUGCCCUCCAUGCCUCCCAGAUGAAUGUGGCCACCGCUGUUGGUGUGUGUUGAGUUCCUGGACGUUACAGCACCCACCAGCACAUCAGUGCCAAGCCCCAGGUGGCUACGAAGCAGGUAUGUACAACCACUUUUAAACCCCACUUCCACCUCUGUUGCUAUUGUGUUCCACACAGCCUACCUAGCUGUAACCCUGUCCACCUCCAGUCAGCAUUGAGUGUGCUGGCCCAGGAAACUCUGACAGCCUCCAUGCUGGCUGCUACUCCACCCCAGGACCAGAAGCAGAUGCUGGGAGAGCGUCUGUACCACCUGAUCCAGGACAUGCAGCCCAGUCUGGUUGGAAAGGUCACCGGCAUGCUGUUAGAGUUGGACAACGUUGAGAUUCUCCACCUGCUGGAGUCCCCAGAGGCUCUGCAUGCCAAGGUGGAUGAGGCUGUGGCUGUGUACAAGGCCUACCUGGCCAAGGAGGCCAUUAAGAACACUGUGACAAUAACUUUUGCUGAAGAAAGACAUGAAAAAGUAGGAAUUUCAUAGGCCAAAAAAUAA